GAUUUAUGAUCAAGAUUUUUAUAAAUUUCUUCAAUUUACCAACACCUGUUCAUUUAAUGCACCAAAUCACAAUCUUGAUCGAUCAACACAUUCACAAUCUUCAAUGUCAAACAACAGGUUUCGGAGAGGCAGAGGUGAAAGAAAUCAGAUUACCGACCAAGAUUCAGAUUCUUUAGAAUCUACAAUGGGAAACAUUCGAAUGAUGAUCUUGUCUACCAUAUGUAAUGAAGGUGAAGGAGACUUGUUGACACCAGAAAAGAGGCUGCUGAACUCGAUCGAGAUUGUUGAGAGGGUUGUGAUGGAGGAGUUGAACAGAUUGAAGAGAACACCUGCUGCUGAAAAGGCAGAGAGGGAGAAGAAGGUCAGAACUUUGAUGUCAAUGAGAUGGGCUGAUUCAUGUUGGCUAAAUGCAAAAUGGGCUGAUGGGUUAGAUGCUGGUGCUGGAGUUAUGAUUGCCGGGUCGCAGCGGAUUGCAGCUAUUGCGGAUGGAUCAGUAUAAAUUAUAAGUUUGUUAAUAACAAACAAACUUAUUAUUCAAGUUCACUUUGACAAUUUUUUUAGCAUGGUUCUUCACAUACAUACACAUCAAUUAUAACCAUCAUCUUUGGUGUUUUUUAGUUUUUGGUCUUUGUAUACAUCUUUUGUUAGGCAUUGGUAUUCUGUUCUCAUAAGAUUACUUCUGAAUCUUGUUUAAAUUUGUGCCGACUUCUUACAGAUAUAAAUAAUACAUUCAGUUUUGUG